AUGGAAUCCUUUUAUGUUCUGGCUUUAAUAGCAGGAAUUCUAGUUGCUUUUGCAUUGCUGGUUCUAAUUGCAACUCAUCGUCAUUCCUUCAAGGCAGAGAUUCCUCCUGAUGUUGACAAGCCAUCAAAGCUCCGCUUCUAUCAUUACAUAUACACCCUGAUGGAAAUUCUGGCGAAGAAGUUAGGAAGUUUGCGUAUUUGUGAGGAACACAUACUUACCAGGUUGGUUACCGAUGGACUGCCGGCAUGCAGGGAUUCAAGGCUCUUCAUAAAGGAUCUGCAUUUUGAUGAGGUGCCCGUGAGGCUCUACCUCCCCAAAGUACCAUCUACCAGCAAACGGAGGGGAGUCCUCUUCUUCCAUGGAGGAUGCGGGAUAUUCGGAAGCAUCAGAGGUUAUGAAAGAAUAUGCCAGUACAUAGCCAGAAAAUCAGACUCGGUGGUUGUGUCUGUUGGGUAUCGUUUAUCUCCCGAGCAUCCGUAUCCAGCCCAAACUUUGGACUGUCUCACUGCUACUGUACACUUUUUGAAGACUGCAGAAAACUACGGGGUGAAUCCGGAUCGGAUUAUCAUUUGUGGGGAUAGUGCAGGGGGCACUUUCACUGCUAGUGUUUGCCAAGAACUGGUAAACAGAAGAGAUAUCCCAAAGAUACGUGCCCAGGUACUGAUCUACCCGUUCCUCCAAGCACUGAACUUCAACCUCCCAUCUCACCAGAAAAAUGCUUUCAUUCCCUUCUUGUCCCUGGAGCACAUAGUCCGUUUCGUUCUGAAGUACCUGAAAAAGGAUUGCUAUAUGAAGCGAGCUAUUUUGGUGGGUUCUCAUGUGCCUGAGAGUAUGAAUUUGAAAUAUAGGAAGUGGAUAAAUCCAGAUCUUAUCCCAGAGGCAUUUAAACUGGGCUAUAAACCACCGUUACCCGCUUCAUUUUUACCCCAAGUCCAUGAAGAAAUGAAAGAACUGUUUGAGACAAGAAUUUCCCCACUGUUAGCAGACGAUGCUGUCAUCCGCUGCCUGCCUGACACUUGUGUAAUUACCUGUGAGCACGAUGUGCUCCGAGAUGAUGGGCUGUUGUACAAGAAACGGCUGGAGGACAACGGCGUAAAAGUGACCUGGUACCACAUGGAAGGCGGCUUCCACUGUGCACUCGGAUUUUUUGGUUAUGGUAUUUUCUCUUUUCCAUCAUCAGGUAAAAUAGUGAACCACGCUGUAAACUUUAUAAAAGAGUAUUAA